UUUUCGCUUCCAGACACAAUCUCUGUGUCAUUUCUUCUUCUUCUUCUCCAUCAUCUUCUUCAUCUUUUUUCACUGUAAAUUUCUAGAUCUGAAACGAUUUUGAAGAUGACGAUAGAUAAAACGCUUCCGCUGCAAACCAGCACCAACAACACCAAUGUACCGAAGAAUCCAGCAUCAAAAAAUCAGAAAGGAAAAACAAUCGAAGAGAUGUAUCAAAAGAAGAGUCAGCUAGAACACAUUCUCUUACGUCCUGAUACAUAUAUUGGUUCGAUUGAGAAACACACACAGAGUUUAUGGGUUUUUGAAGAAGGUCAGAUGGUUUACAGACCAGUGAGUUAUGUUCCGGGAUUGUAUAAGAUUUUUGAUGAGAUCUUAGUGAACGCUGCUGAUAAUAAACAAAGAGAUCCGAAAAUGGCUUUGGUGAGAGUUAAUAUUGAUGUUGAAGGGAAUACGAUUAGUGUGUAUAAUGAUGGUGAUGGUGUUCCUGUUGAGAUUCAUCAGGAGGAAGGAAUUUAUGUGCCGGAGAUGAUUUUUGGUCAUUUGUUGACUAGUAGUAAUUAUGAUGAUGCGGAGAAGAAGACUACUGGUGGAAGGAAUGGUUAUGGAGCAAAGCUAGCUAAUAUUUUCUCGACGGAGUUUACAAUUGAGACCGCUGAUGGAAAGAGGAAGAAGCAGUAUAAACAGGUGUUUUCUAACAACAUGGGAACCAAGUCUGAACCCAUCAUCACCAAGUGUAAGGCCAGUGACAACUGGACUAAAGUAACAUUCAAGCCUGAUUUGGCUAAAUUCAAUAUGACACAUCUUGAAGCUGAUGUAGUUGCAUUGAUGAAGAAGAGAGUGAUUGACAUAGCAGGUUGUAUAGGCAAGACCGUGAAAGUUGAAUUAAAUGGAGAUAAGAUUCCUAUAAAGUCAUUUGGUGAUUAUGUUAAACUCUAUAUGGACUCAGCAGCCAAGAAUAGGGGACAAGCUCCUUCAAGUUAUGUGGAGAAGGUUAAUGACAGAUGGGAAGUAUGUGUUAGUCUAAGUGAAGGACAGUUUCAGCAGGUCAGCUUUGUUAAUGGAAUUGCUACUAUUAAGGGUGGAACCCAUGUUGAUUAUGUUGCUAGCCAGGUUUCAAGUCAUAUCAUGAAUCUUGUAAACAAGAAAAACAAGAAUGCUAAUCUGAAACCCCAUACUGUGAAAAACCACUUGUGGAUAUUUGUCAAUGCUUUAAUUGAUAACCCAGCCUUCGAUUCUCAGACGAAAGAAACCUUGACAACUCGUCAAGGUAGUUUUGGAACAAAAUGUGAACUUUCACAGGAGUUCCUGAAAAAAGUGGCGAAGUCUGGAGUAGUAGAAAAUCUUCUCUCUUGGGCAGAUUUUAAGGCGAGUAAAGAUCUGAAGAAAACUGAUGGGUCAAAAAAGGAAAGGGUAACUGGGAUUCUUAAGCUUGAGGAUGCCAAUGAAGCAGGAAAGCCUGCCUCUCAUAAAUGCACUUUAAUUUUAACUGAAGGAGAUUCAGCAAAGGCUCUUGCUAUGGCUGGGAUUUCUGUUGUGGGUCGUAACCACUAUGGUGUUUUCCCAUUGAGAGGUAAAUUGCUCAAUGUAAGAGAAGCAAGUGCAAAGCAAAUUCAGGACAAUGCCGAGAUUCAAAGCAUCAAGAAGAUCCUUGGACUAAAACAGGGAGAUGUGUAUGAAAAUGUUCAGAAGUUACGAUAUGGGCAUUUGAUGAUAAUGACUGAUCAGGAUCAUGAUGGUUCUCACAUUAAGGGUUUACUAAUCAACUUCAUUCAUUCAUUCUGGCCAUCACUGCUAAAAAUUCCCUCCUUUCUAGUUGAAUUUAUAACUCCAAUUGUCAAGGUUACUCAUAGAAAGAAUAAGAAUGUCAUCUCCUUCUAUUCGAUGCCUGAAUAUGAGACAUGGUUGGAAAGCUUGGGAGGGAGUUCAAAGGGCUGGGAUGUCAAAUACUAUAAGGGGUUGGGAACCAGUACGUCCAAGGAAGGGAAGGAGUACUUUUCAGACCUAGGGAAGCAUAAAAAAGAUUUUGUGUGGGUGGACGAACAAGAUGGUGAGGCAAUCGAAAUGGCUUUUAGCAAAAAGAAGAUUGAGGCCAGGAAGAGUUGGCUCAAACAAUAUGAGCCUGGAACUUUCCUUGAUCAGAAAGAACAGUAUAUCAAGUAUAGUGAUUUCGUCAACAAGGAGCUUAUACAGUUUUCAAUAGCUGAUCUGCAGCGUUCUAUCCCUGCUAUGGUUGAUGGUCUGAAACCAGGCCAAAGGAAGAUUCUUUUCUGUUGCUUCAAGCGUAAUUUUACAAAAGAAGCAAAAGUUGCCCAAUUUUCUGGGUACGUUUCAGAGCACUCGGCUUACCAUCAUGGUGAAGCGAGUCUUGCGGGUACUAUAAUUGGUAUGGCACAGGAUUUUGUUGGAAGCAACAAUAUUAACCUUUUGCAACCUAAUGGCCAGUUUGGGACCCGGCACCAGGGGGGUAAAGACCAUGCAAGUGCUAGGUAUGUUUAUACCUGUCUAUCUCCAAUCACACGGUUCCUAUUUCCCAAGGAAGAUGAUAUUCUUCUAGACUACUUGAACGAAGAUGGUCAGUUCAUUGAACCCACAUGGUAUGUGCCUAUUAUGCCUACUGUUUUAGUUAACGGAAGUGAAGGCAUUGGAACUGGAUGGAGUACUUUCAUCCCCAAUUACAAUCCACGUGACAUUGUUGCAAAUGUAAAGAGAUUAAUUAAUGGUGAACCGAUGGUGCCCAUGGAUCCAUGGUAUAAAGGGUUUAAAGGAACGAUUGAGAAAACAGCAUCAAAGGAGGGUGGCUACACUGUUACUGGAGUCAUUGAGGAAGUAAAUGAGACAACCCUAAGGGUCUCUGAGCUUCCUGUUAGAAGAUGGACUCAGGACUACAAAGAGUUCCUUGAAUCAAUGAUGACUGGAAAUGAUAAAGUCAAGGAGGCUUUCAUCAAGGAUUAUAGGGAGCACAAUGAUGACACAACUGUACAUUUUGAAGUUGUACUGUCAGAGGAGAAUAUGAUGAUAGCCAAACAAGAAGGGAUUUUGAAGAAAUUUAAGCUCUCAAACAGUCUUAGCACUAACAACAUGCAUCUUUUUGGUCCAGACGGAGUAAUAAAGAAAUAUGACAACCCAGAACAAAUCAUUGAGGAUUUCUUUGGAAUAAGGCUAGAAUUGUACAAAAAGAGAAAGAGAGUACUACUGGAGAAUCUUGAAUACGAUUUGAACCAACUGGACAACAAAGUCAGAUUCAUCCUUGGAGUAGUGAAAGGAGAGAUUAUAGUGAGCAACAGGAAAAGAGUGGAGUUGUAUCUUGAAUUGCAACAGAAAGGAUUUGAUCUUAUUCCCCCAAAGGCCAAAAAUGGUGCUGCUACUUCAAAACCUGAAGAUGCAGAAGAAAAUGAAAAUGACAACAACUCCGAGUUACCUAGCGAUGAAGGAUUACUGGCUCGUGGUUAUGCAUAUCUACUCACAAUGGCUAUAGGUAGUCUGACACUUGAGAAGGUUCAGGAACUUUGUAAAGAAAAAGAAAAGCUUGAUGGUGAAGUGUUAGAACUGAAAAAUGCAACGGAGAAAUCAUUGUGGCUUAAGGAUUUAGAAGCAUUUGAGAAAAAACUCGACGAGCAAGAUGUGCGUGAUAUAAAAGCAGAGGAGGAGAGAAAAGUGAUGAAAAGCAAAGUGAUGAAAGAUGCUGGUAUGAACGCUGGGAAACAGGCACCCAAAAAUCCUAGGAAAUAUACAAAGAAAGCCAGCACCUCAACUUCUGUUGCAGCACCACCUAAUUCUGCCAUGGAGAUUGAUGAUGCAUCUGAGGUGCCGAAACCAAAGGGAAGAGGAGGUCCCAAAAAAGCUCCUGCAAAGGCCAAGCCUGCUGCUUCAGUUGACACUGAUGAGGAGGAUGAUAUACCCUCACUUACAGACCGUCUUGCUGCAUCUAACCUUGAUUCUUCUCCAGAUAAAGAUACUGAGAACCAUGCUGCACCAGCAAAGAAGAAGCCAGUUGCCAAACGAGCCUCUGCAGCCCAGAAAAAGACUACUACUGUGAUUAGCACCGAUGAAGAGCCGAUGAAAACUAUUUCUGAAGAAGGAUCUGAUGAUGAGUUUGAGCCACCUGCUGCAGUACCUGCAGGACGAAAGAAGGCACUAGCAAAACCUGCUGCUUCCAAGGCAGCCGCAAAACCAGCUGCAGCACCCAGGAAGAGAGGACAAGCAAAGAAACAGACACUGAUAACUGACACUUUGAAACCUGCUGAAAAUGUUGGGAUCUCACCAGAGAAGAAAGUUAGGAGGAUCAGACAGUCUCCAUUCAACAAGAAGAGUAGCUCCAUAAUGGGUAGAAUUGGUGAAGGAAGUAGUAGUGGGGAGAAAUCUCUUUCAGUAAGUGAAGAACAAUUGGAAUCUUCAAAUGAAGUAGUAGCCCCAAUAAGAAGGCCAGUGAGAGCAAGCCGUAAUGUCACCAAAUAUGUUGUAAGCGAUUCUGAUGAGGCUGCUGAUGAUAAGUCAGAUUCUGAUGCUGCUGUGGAUAUUUCUUCUGAAGAUGAUGAUUAACUUUGCAAAGUCUUCAAGUGAGUGAACUAUUGUAUGUGAGCAGGAAAGGUUUUAGUAUUGCUGGUCAUGUGCUGUGCACAGGUUUAUGAUUUCUGAACUUUACUGUCUGUUGUUUACUUUUGGUCUGUUGUCUAGUGACUUGAAGUAUUAUUUGACUGUAACUUCAGAUAUUAUGCUUUCACUAUUAAUCUACUUAGGUUUGCUGCUGCCUA